UAUCUUUGUAGCCAGGCCCUGCUUUUAGGUAUUUUAUGUCAUGAAAUAUAUGAAUUAUGUUUUGUAUAGCAAAUCUUGUAAAAUAAAAUAUCUUAAUAUCUCUAGAUGUAGCACAUGUGGGGAAUAUAUUUAUAAAGGAAAGAAGUUCAAUGCAAGAAAAGUAAGAAGAUGGGAAUAACAUGAGAUUCCUUAUUUUUUAAUAUAUGAACAUUUCUGACAUAUCUGGUUGUCAUAAAUUUAUAAAAUAAAAUGUAAUUUUUAGGAAACAGUGCUCACUGAAACAUAUUUGGGUCUUGAAAUUUAUCGAUUUUACAUCCGAUGCCCUCGAUGUAUCAGUGAAAUAACUUUUAAGGUAGGAUAUGAUUGAUUUGGUAUUGUCAGUCCAGAUUUACUACUAUCAAGUUCAGAUUCUGUAGUAAUUAGUCCAGGUUGAGUAGUGAGUCCAGGUUCAGUCAUCAGUCCAAGUUAGGAAAACAGUCCAGCUUUAUGUAAUGGAACCAAAAUAUGUCCAGGCUUAGUAGUCCAGGUUUGAUAAAAAAAAUGAGUCCAGGUUUGUGUAUAAAUGGAAUAUGUUUUAAAAUGUAUCCUGACUUGUGAGUCGACGCUUAGUGCACUGAUUUCAGGUUCAACAAACUGAUAAACACUGAGUGAGCCCAGGUUCAGGAACUUGGGCUCUUGACAAACUUUCAACCAGUACAGCUAGUACACAUCAUCAACAACAACAACAACAACAGAAUAUUUGCUUCUCAAUGUGUAGACAGACCCAGAGAACACAGACUAUGUUGCAGAGAAGGGAGCAACAAGGAACUUUCAAGCAAUCAAACGAGCAGAAGACGAGGAAGAACGCCUCAAGAAAGAACGAGAAGAAGAAGAACUUAACAAUCCCAUGAAGGUGAGAAUUUUUGCUUGUUUUUAAAACUAAACCACUGCUUGGUUUAGCAAAUUGCUUUAUAUAAUGCUAAAUAAUUCCUGAUCAAUGAUUGGCAAGAAAUUGCUUAUGAUCGGUGGAAAAGCAGGGUUUCCAACCUGAAAAAGCAGGGACGGAAUGAUUGCCGAUCACCAUGAUCGGGAACGUUAUUUCAAGCCCUGUAAUUCAGUGGCUAGUUUAGGUAAUUUCUUUUAUAAUUCUUAUAAAAUAAAUAAUUUAUUUAUAGGCUUUGGAAAAUAGAACUAAAGAAUCAAAGCAGGAAAUGGACAUCUUGGAGAAACUGGAAGAAUUACGAGAUUUGAAUGCUAGGCAUGCCUCAGGUAGGUUUCUGAAAUACUUUGUGGUAUAGUACAAUUUCUACUCUCCCUAUAGUGUUGGUAUUGUAUAUGGAGUUUUUCUUCUGAAGAUGACUUAAAUUAUAGUCGACAUGUAAAGAAUGCAAAUGUUUACAAUUUUUGGAGUGUCUAUUGUUUUGUGUUUUAUAUGGAGUUUUUGCUUUGUUCAUAUUUAGUUGACCAUGAGAUGCUGUUACAACAGAACAUGAAAUAUGCAAAACAAGUCGAAGAAAGACAGGCAGAAGAAGAUGAAGAACUAGUCCAGUACGAUUCUAAUUGAAUAUUUUCAUUGUAACACCUUGUUUUUCAACAUGCUCUAAACACUAUUUCUUGUGUGGGAUGUAAUGUAUAAUGUUUGUUAUAUUUGUAGGUCUGUGUUUGGUCGAAAGAGGCUAGAAAAACGUCUGGAGUCAGACUCAUCGGAUAGUGAAGAUGAAGGCAUUAAAGGAAAAUUGAAACGACAACAUCCAGGAAAAGAUGUUGAACAAACAGGCAAAGCUACAGAUCUUCUUGUUGAGGUUUGUUUUGGGGAAAAGUUCAUUGUCUAGUUCUUCAAAAUAUCUAGAGGUCCAAUAAGAGUCAUCCCUUAACAUUGGUGUCACUACAGGAGGAAACUUAAACUAACUUUAUUUCUACGAUCUUGUACUAUUUGAUAGGGUUAAAGUGAGGGUAAUUUUCUACCAUAUAGGAAAGUGCAAAAACAUCAGAACCGAGUGAAAAGAAAUUAAAAAGUUGGGAAAAAAGCGUGGGAACAUUAAAUAAGGUCAGUCUGGUCUCACUGGUUAAAAAGAAGACAACACCAUCUACUGGGGAAGGUAGGAAAACAUCCGCUGGACAUGUUGUUGCGAGCUCUGGUAGUAAUAAUACUGCUAGAGUAUCUUCAGCUGCUGUGGGACUAAGUCUAGUUGGAAAUUACAGCAGCAGCGACUCGUCAGAUGAAACCUGAGUACUAGCUUGCUUUCCAAACGAAUAUCAGCAUGGUGCCACCUUAAGCAAAGUGUUAAAUGACGGCGCCUCAUCAUCGAAGCCCUGGGUUCUAAAUUCGUACCAGUCUCAUGGUCAUCAAAUUGACAAGUAGAUAUAAAAUGACAGUAUACUACUAUUAUACAGUAUACUACUAUUAUACAGUAUACUACUAUUAUACAGUAUACUACUAUUAUACAGUAUACUACUAUUAUACAGUAUACUACUAUUAUACAGUAUACUACUAUUAUACAGUAUACUACUAUUAUACAGUAUACUACUAUUAUACUACUAUAUCGUUUUGAACUGAUACGUAACGAUAUGCUUUGUAGCAAGUGCAAAUAUAUUUUAAGACAUGAUAAAUUGUAAGAUAUUUACCCAUAAAAUAUCUGGAC